UAUAUAUAUAUAUAUACUUACACGUAUGUAUGUAUGCAUAUUACAUGUGCUAACAUAUACGGACGUACAAUAGCAAGCCAGUAAGUCUGAAUUGAAAUAUUACGUUUUUUCGUCUGAAACCACUUAGGUAAGUUGAUGCAAAACUAAUAUAAGAGAGGGAAUGAGGAAAGUGAACGAUAGAGAGAUAGAGAGAUAGGGAGAGAGUGAAAUGAAGUUACGGCCAUUUGCUGUGUGUUUGUAAAGCAAUAUUUAUUUAUAAGGACAGAUAAAAAAAAAUAUACAUAUAAAUAUUUUAAAUAAAUGCACCAAAAAUAUUCUGGUGAAAGACAGAUAGAUAAACAGAUGGAUAGAUAAGUAAUUUUCAAGAGGGAACAGAGAAAGAAAGUUAACUAGACAUAUAAAUUGAUAUGUAGCUACACAGAAACGUAUAGUUCAAAACCAUACCGACAACAAUGAAACAUUAAUACAGACAGUUUUAUAUGACACGGAGUAUUAGCUGUUUCUGAGUCCAACACUAACAUAUCUUAUAUAACUGAACCAAGAAGUAUUGCUUAGAUUACUCCUGAGGACAUGUUAAAAUUUAAGUCAUUAUCUAUAUAUAUUAUUAAUAAGUGCCAUUAACAGUAAAUUAUAAACUUUACAAAGAAUUCUUGCCUCGUCUAUGACCUUUAUAUAAAAUUUAGUAUUGCAGUCUAUAACCUCAUACAUUGAUUUUAUCUCUCAAGUAGAGGCACUUUACCUAUAUAAACGCGCCCACACUCACAGACACAUACACACACACACACACACACACACACACACACACACACACACACACACACACACACACACACACACACACACACACACACACACACACACACACGUUGAUAGAUAGACAGAUAUUUCUGACAUUAAAUAUAUAUACAUAUAUUUAAGAUAUUUCCAAGUAAGACCCAAGAGGUGAAAAUAGACUACAUCCUAAUACAGGAAUCAAACUAUGCAUCUUUUUACUUGUAAAUAUUUAUAACAAAAAGAACUUUGGAUUAUAUACACUGACACACACACACGCACACGCACACGCACACAUACAUACAUACAUACAUACAUACAUACAUACAUACAUACAUACAUACAUACAUACAUACGUAUAUGCAUUUAUACAAGACGUACUUUGUUUGCUGAACAUUGUCUGGAAACUAACGAGAAUUACAUAUUGACUAACAACAUACGACUGAUCACGGCGUUUCAGUAAGAUGUACAACUUCUGAGUCACCGUUAAAGUUUUACAAGAUUCUUACUUGGGAAUUAUCGGUAAAUACCUAAUGAAAUAUUAACGCUUUGAAACAAAUGGGCGGUAUUUGAACAGUUUCCAGAAUAUUUGGUAAAAAAAAAAUCUGUGAAAGAGAAUAAUGUACGGCAGCUGAAAUUGUUUUGAGGUUUCUUGUUUUGUUUUCAAUGAGAAACUGUUUAACGGUUAGUUUUAACGAAUAUAAUAGGAAUCUGGUAAUUAAUUUGAUGGGGGAAAACUGAUAAAAUGUAGUUAUUGGAUUUGGUUUUGCUUGUUUUGGAAUAAUUUACUCUUCAGGUUCUUAGAGGAGGAAUACACACUUGUGAAGUUUGCUACAAUUAUCUGUUUCUAUUUGUACACACACGCACGCGCACACACACACACACACACACAUACACACACACACAGGCACACACAUACACACACGUAUAUAGAUAUAUACAUGUAUGCGCAUCUGUAUGAGUGAGUAUAAUUAACAUUAUAGUUUAUGGUAGACAGAAACACACACAAACACACACACACACACAUACACAAACACAAACACACACGUAAGCACACACAUAUACACACACACACACACACACACACACACACACAAAUGCACACAUUCACACACAAGCAUACACAAAUACAGACCUAUAUACUAGCAUAUAGACACUUGUAAAGAUACUCAACUCUACUAAGAAAAUGGAACGAUUUCACAGUUUGGAACUGUUAACACCACAAAACUAUAUUAUGUAAUGAAAACAACUCCAAGAAUUAUUGCAAAUUCUACCAAAAUCUUCAUGUUUUCAUUAGAAAUAUAUUUGCAAUGAAUUAUUAUUAUUACAUUGCAGUAGUCGAUUUUGUGUGUGACGCCAUAAGAAUUCCAAUAACAUAGAGACACGUGCGUAUUCAAAGUAUCUGCUUAGUAUCAAUCACAAAUAUAAAAAACGAUUGCCAGUAAUCCUCUGAGAUUCAUUAUUUAACAAAUGUUUUUGCGGCGGCCCCAAAUGUGCCACAAAGCUUGCAAAAUUACAUUCACCAUUAUUUAUUUGACCUGAAAUAUUGAGCGUUCUAUCAAUUUAUCCAUCGGUAUGUGUGUAUAUCUGUAUUUAUGUAUGCCUGUAUGAACGUGUGUUAGUAUAAUUCUUCCUCUGCACCGACAUUAAGUCUCUAGGUUCGUUCAGGUAUCGGCCAUUGUACACUUUUAUACAUUAUACGUAUACAUAUAUUUAUAUAAUAUUGGAAAAUAGGUUAUCGACGGUUCUUGGCAGUAACAAAAAACAACAACAACAACAACAAUAAUAAUAAUAAUAACAGCAACAACAUCAAACAUCCUUCCUUAUCAAUGUACCAAGUUCUUCCUCCUCAAAUAAAUAUUUACAUAGACUAAAUAAAAAAUAGAAGAGGGAGAAAAUUGAAUAUUGCAUCCAUUAAUAAAUCAUUACUAAAUUAAUUAAAAAUUACUAAAAAAUAUUACAGUAACACAACUAAUAACAUUUAAAUUCAUCGCUACAUACAAUAGACGCAAAUAUCUCCGACACGUUUAUGUAUACGUGCGUCGGGAACAAUGUUCCUCUCACCAUCUAGCAUCCAUUUUACCAGUUGUACUGGCCAGCAGACUGUGGAAGAAAUUACACAUGAAAGAGACAUCAUCGAAGCUAGUAGACAUUUUGUACAGAAUCUAGACAGAGCCCGUUUGCAAGUGGCUCAGAAAGACGGUCACUAUUUUACCUUGAACAAUACACGACUCUUGGUGUUUCGGCGCCUUGAAAAAGAAGGAAGGUGUAAAAGGGUGAAGGUGGACUGUAUACCUUUGAAUGCUAUACCGGCGGGCAUUCGGAUGAUGAUGAUUGUACCAAAUUUUAAAACUCACAACACCAAUACAGUUGCAGAUAACAGCCGUUCGACAGGUCGAGGUUAUCAACGACUGUGUCAGAAAGAUGCAGACACGGACAGAAAAUCAGAAACCGAACACAGUACGGAAGAUUCCGAAGAUUCAAAUCUAGAAGAUGGUUCCGAUAGUGAAUUUGAAUGGAGCGGAGAAAAUGACAGCGAAUUCAUUACGUCCGAUGAGGAAGCGAGUGAAGAGAAAGAAAGUCUUCUUUGAAAAAGGAAGUAAAGACAGUUAAAAUACAGGAUAAGAACACACACAUUCCAUACACACACACACACACUCGUACACACGCGAACACCUAUACACAUACACACAGAGAACAAAAUUUAAAAGUUUACAAAAACAGCAACCAAGUAUAAAUAAUAUACGUCGGACUGAUAAAAAAAAAAACAGCGUUCGUUGAGUUUUUGCUUAUAUUUUCAAAUUUUUUUUCCGUGUUGGUGUUUGUGUGUGUGUGUGUGUGUGUGGUAGAGAGAGAGAGAAAGUAUGUGUGUGUGUGUGAGUGUAUGUGUGUGAAUAUGUACGAAGUUGUGCGUGUGCGAGAGCGUAUGCACGUAUUUGUAAAACCAUGUGUGUAAGAGCGUGUGUGAAUUUAUGCGUUUGUGUAUGGCCUGCGGAUGGAGACAGUAUGUCAUAAGAUGUGUAAAAAAAAAAACAGAGCGUGACUGAACUGAGAUAACUAUUGGAAAGUUAGUGCAACAAAAACAAUAAAACCAACAACAACCACAGCAACAGCAGCAACAACAACAACAACAAACGAGAUAUUUAUUUUAUCUAUCCUUUUUUUCUCUCAGUCCUGUAGCUGUAUUUUACCAUUAUUUUCGCUUACCUAAUAAACUAUUCAAUGUAUGUAUGCAGAAA